AUGUCCAUGUUCCGUGCCAAGAAGCUCGACCUCGGGUGCUUCACCAACGUCCGGGUCCUUCGUGAUCACUCCAAGCGCAAGGCCUUUUUGGAGGCCGAGCCGGAGAGACAAGCCCUGCGCUACGCCAUCCGCAACACCACCCUCCCUGCCCGUACCAGGGCCGUCGCCCAGCUCCAGCUCACCCAAAUGCACGCCUACACCAGGCCGACGCAGAUCCGGAACCGCUGUAUCCUCGGUGGAAAGAGUCGAGGUAUCUUGAGGGACUUCAAGAUGACAAGAUACAAUUUCCGUAUGAACGCCCUGAUGGGUAACAUUCCGGGUGUCAAGAAGGCCUCUUGGUAA